AUGGCGCCAACAGUAUCGGGGCCCGGGCGCCCGCCAUGGUUCGAGCAUGUCCAGGCCGAGAAGAAGACAAGUGUGGACAUCGUUGCCGUACCACCUAUAGGGGCGCAUCAUCAAAAACCAUGGACUACCCAUAGCUCGAAGACAACAUGGCUCAAGAGUGAAUUACUUCAACAAAUCCCUAAAGCACGGCUGUUAUUAUACAGCCAUGGCCAGAUCCACGAGCAUGAUAAAAUUGACAGCCUCGGUCAACGCCUAUUGAAUGUGCUACUAGACGAACGCAGACGUUAUAGCAGUCGACGACCGGUCUUUUUUAUCUGUCACAGCACAGGAGGCCUCGUGGUAAAGGCAUGUUUGGCUCAAGCCUCACGGGCCGAGCCGAACCAGACAAUAUUGACCAGCUGCUAUGGCAUCGCCUUUUUGGCAACACCUCACCAAGGCUCAAGUUACCUUUCAGCAGAAGAGUACAUGCCAAGUAUACGGCGAUUGCUUCAUCUUGAGCAGGAUCUUCCUGCAUCCCUCAGAGAACAGCUUCGUCCUCGACAGGACAAACUGUGGCAUCUUUCUAAUCAGUUCAAAGCUCUGUCGGCCGACAUGAAAGUUUGGUCUUUUCUUGAGACCAUCGAUUCAACGUUGACUGUCACAGAUCAUGAGUUGGGAAAUACCAUGGAGUUUCACGCGCCUAUCACCUCUAUUCGCUCCGGACUGCUGGGUAUUGAACAUGAAAAUGAGGUGCCGGUAGGAACAGACCAUAUCGGGACAGCAAGUUUCCAAGACCAGGAUUCCGCCCGAGACAACUUUCUUGUCGAUCUAGCAGACUUAGUGAACGCAUCUGUGGAACUUUCUGGUCAUAUGGAUACUCCGCUGAAUGUCGAACAAGAAGUGACAGUGCAAAUUAAUGGAUUCUUUGAGGACACCGCAUUAGGCGUCAGUGAUGAGACUCCGCUCAAGCUCUGGUCAACCCGGGUACCCUUAGAAGAGUAUUUAGCUCGUGGUCCAGGCGCAUGUCUCCGAGAUCGCCUAAAACGUGUUCAACCAGGUGGAUUCGAUGAUUCUUCUAUAAGCAGUUUCGACAGCUUACGAUCUUUCCCUCACGUCGUUCCCGGGCAAGACAACCACGAUCAGAACGAUACCCAUCAACCUAAAGAUGAACCCAGGGAUGAGCUCAGUCAUGAAUCUAGACCUUCUCGCCCACCUAUGAGUCAAAGCCGUAGCUUCAUAGCGCCAGAGCACCAGCUUUCACCAACUAUUCACAUCACAGAAGCUGCAUUGGAUGGAUUUUUUGACCGUGAUCGCCCCUCAAGUGAAAGUCCUCCUCCGCCAGUCGAGCGUAGAAGGAAGUCAUCCAUCGCCAAAGCUUUGGGUUUAACCCACCUAAGGUCUCACAAACGGAAUACAUCCGACGGCAGCUCCCAAGGGAGUAGUUCGCGUCCUCCAUCAAACUCAACUUCCACGCCCCGAAGCGCAGGAUUUUUAGCAGUUCCGCCCUCUAUACGAGAUCGCAUUAAUCAACAAGGCGACAUGCCGGAUAUUCCUCGAUCAGUUCCUCGGUUUGAUCGACCCGAGCCUGAUACCGAGAAACUCCUUUGGAUUCAUGUUCCGUACACGCAUACCGGAUGGGUAUCGCAGGUCAUUCGUCGUGCAUGUGAAGAUCGUAAAGAGCCAGAUUUCCCGAGAAAAUUUAUCAAUGACAAGAAUUGGUAUUUGAACCUCAACCGAGCUCGACACUUAGAGCCGCAUGCUCGAUUUGUGAAGCCUCGGUGUUUUCAUUCCCGUCAGAUGGAUGUUUCUUCAGGUAAUAAGUCAGUAGAAUUGGAAGAUCCCCAACUAGCUCUCUAUACCCCAUACCUCCAUUGGGACACAUACCGAAACCUCAUCCAGCGCCGCAAAGUACUCCAGGAUCGCCUUCGUCAAGGCCGCUCUCGUCCUGUUCCACCCCGAAUCGCCAAAUCAAGUCUAGAAGCUCAGUUAAUCUGGCAAUACCUAGGCUUAGCGCGCGAUGACGACCAAAUGCUCUGGAAGCGAACUCGGCGACCGGCCCGAAUCGACGAGCAACUACGAGAAUACCUCAAUGCAGCGAGCGAUGAUCCCGAAGACUCAGAACCAACAGAGUUCAUGGAUGGAAAUGUACUAAUGGUAGACCAGCUCUGGCUCUGGAUAGUAGACCAGAAGACUAUCGUGACGUUUUUCCCUAAUCAGGAAGCUACCACGUCCACAGGGAAAUUGUUCGAACAGUCCAAUCUGCACAGCAGUAUCUAUAAUGAAUUAAAUGGUGACUUGGCGCGGCGAUUUGAAACAGCUGGUGAUCUUGCUGCGCUCAUAAUGCUACACGCUGUUACUGUUCUGCUUGACCGGACCCUUCAUCAUGAUCUCCAAGUUCUUCGAAUAUUUGAAGAAUCGAUAAGCAUACUGACUGAAUCCGUAACAAAAUCAUUCAAACGUUUCCGUAAUCGUGGAUUCGCCAAUCGACCCGCCGAUCAUAAUCUCACCAAAGAAGGAAGAAUAAUGACUGCUGCUCAGCGGGACUAUCGAGAUCUCCAAAUAGCUCGUCGAAAUAGAGACGACUUAUCUGUUCUCCUUGAGCUCCGAGAUAUCGAAGACGAGCUUUCAACUAUAAUCAAACUUCUCGAUCAGCAAGAUGGUGUCAUCAAGAGUAUGAUGAAGUACUUUGAUCUAAAUGGCUGCGGAAAGAUGUUUCUUGAUGCGGCACAACUUAGGAUCGACGAGUAUCGAUCUCAGCUAGGAGAAAUGAAGGAGAACAGCCAUCUAGCCCAGAAAGCAGUCGAAACACUACUCGAUCUAAAGCAAAAGCAGGCAAAUGUUGACGAGGCCAAAAUGGCACGUUGGCAAGCUGAAGAAACGCAAAACCAAUCGCGUUCCUUAAUGGUUUUCACCAUUUUCACAGUCAUCUUUUUACCAUUAUCAUUCUUCACAUCCCUCUUCGGUAUCAACGCCCGAGAAUGGAGCGGUACUCCUGAGAAUCUACCAUUAUCGAAAAUGUUCGAGAUAGCAGCGCCGGCCUCAUUCGCCAUUAUAGCCGUUGCCCUCCUCAUGGCCUUUAGCGAAAGCUUAAGACAAGCAGUCACGAAAUCACACAAGAUAGGAUCAGGUCUAUGGGCCGAAUUUAUAUCCCAUCCUAUCCAAAGCUUUCUGCAUUGGAAUUCUUUCAAGAGGCGAAUUCCAUCGUUUGAUUUCUCCGAGGAUUCAAAGAUGAGGAAGCGCUUUGACCAUUAUCUGGGCUAUGAGCAACAUCGUGUAAAACUUGAUGAGGACUUUUGGAAGCGAAGACAGCAGGAUAAGAACUCGGUUUUGGAGGUUGAAUGGAGGAAUUUUAAAGUCUCUCAUCCUCGGGCAGGGGAGAAGUUAUCAGAGAAGACCAUGGAUAUACCCGAGGCUGGAUUUCAUGUCUGA